UGUCUAUUAGAACCGGAUGUUUGGUUGUGUUUUUCGACUGUCUGCUGCUGAGGGAAAUCAGAGGGGAGCGAUUUAUUACCUUUCAAACACAUUUGGUACUCUUUGUGAGCCCCGUAACGAUGACAACCCUGGAUGACAAACUGAUGGGGGAGAAGCUCCAGUACUACUACAGCAGCAGUGAGGAUGAGGGUAGUGACAGAGAGGAGGAUGGGGCUGAAGGGAAGAAGACCAUCCACAAUCCUGAGGUUCUUGAGAUGGAUUACAGCCAGGAUGGGAGCGCUAUUAAUACUGGACCGAAAGGUGUCAUCAAUGACUGGCGUAAAUACAAACAGCUGGAGAAUGAGCAGCGGCAGGAGCAGCGCUCGGAGAUGGAGCUGCUCAUCAAGAAGCUGUCCCUGACCUGCCGCUCACACCUGGAUGACGAGCGUGAGAAGGACAAGGAGAAGGAGCUGCAAGAGAAAAUCAACGGGAAGGUGACCCUGCAAGAAUACAACCAGCUUCAGGCAGAAAACGACAAUGAGGACUUUCUGCAGCAAUACAGAAAACAGAGAAUCGACGAAAUGAGAAGGCAGUUGUACAGCGGGAAGAGAUUCGAGCAGGUAUUUGAACUGGAGAGCGCAGAAGAGUUCUUGGACACAGUAGACAAAGAGGCAAAAGGCACGCUUGUGAUGAUUCAUAUCUAUGAAGACGAUAUCCCUGCCUGUGAGUCGAUGGCGGGAUGCAUGAUAUGUCUAGCCUCUGAGUACCCUCUUGUUAAAUUUUGUCGGGUCAAAAGUUGUGUGAUUGGUGCCAGUGCCAGAUUCACUGGGAAUGCCUUGCCUGCUCUGCUGGUCUACAAGGAAGGAGAUCUGAUUGGCAAUUUUGUGCGACUCACAGAUCAGCUUGGAGAAGACUUCUUUGCAGUAGAUCUGGAGGCGCUAUUGCAAGAGUACGGCCUUCUGCCAGAUAAACAUGCAGUGAUCCCAUCCUGUAUCCGAAAUGCCUCUGCCAUGUGUUACACACACAGCGAUGAAGACAGCGAUCUGGAAAUUGAUUAGCUUAAAAUGGAAAUUCAAGUCUGUGAUAUAAGCAACAAAUAUAUGAUUAUGAUCCUAAACAUGUUUGCAGGAACAUAAAAUCUGUAAUAAUGAUGUACUAACACCUUGAUCAUGAUGUGUUUAUUUAUUUUUUAUCUCUUAAAAGGUUGUUUGUUUUUUCUAUUUCUCUUCUGUAUGCAAGUCAUUCCCUCUUUAUUGACCUAGUGAUCUUGACCCAUGAGCUGAAGGUGUGUUUUCUUUGAAACAUUCAGCUUGAUGUUGAUAUAGUUAGCGCCAUUUUAAUAUAUCAAAUGCAUUGCUCAUCAAAUAAAUUGGAUCCACAUGUGCUCCAAUUUAAUUGACUGUGAAAGCACAGUUUUAGAUAACAUAUGUUCAAGAUUUAAGCCUUCCUCUCAAAAACAAAAGACAAGCCCUCACCACGACGACACAUGGUUUGCUUCCCUUGGGCUACACAAAUGUAGGGUAUGUAUUUUGCAUAAUUGGAAAGCUUGGUUAGCAUUGUUUUACAAGCAGGUUGAGUCUUUUGUUGUCAACAGAAAUCUGGCAGUGGUGGAGGGGAGGUAUUUCUGAUUAUUGAUCUAAUGAAUGUUACAUCACUGAUUGGGAAUCAAUUAUUUAAGGUUGGUUUAGCAACUUCUAAAUCACCCAGUGUGUCACCUAGACUAUUAAUUCAGUGUAUUCGUACAGGUGUUGCUAGGCACAGGUAGAUUAUGAAAGGCAGCUCAGGUGCCAAAACAGUCGCAACAUCUCAUUAGAGCAUGCAGUUGACUUGACACCUGAUUAUUUAUGAAGCAAUAAUCUAAUCCAAUCUUAAACUAUUGCAAUACCAAUAUUCUGCUGUUAGUAAAUACCUAGAAUUUUUAAUGUAAAUGUUUAUUGACAAGGGAACUAACUUUUGAGUACUUAUGUGGUUUUGGAAAGUACAUUUUCAGCCUUACUGUGUAAUUAUGAGAAUAAUUCAAAGGUAAUAACAUCUUGGUAUGAACCCAAUGAAUUUUGUACAGCGAAGCUACAAAUGAAAGCCUGUGGGGCCACAGUUCAAACCUCCUGGCUGUACAAUCAUAGUCCUUCGUUGAGAGUUCCCCUGAAAAUGGUGAUAAUUGUUUUUUAAAGAAAUCUUUCAGUCUAGAAACAGUACAGCAAUGACUAAAUCACAAGGGCCUGCCCUGUUUGCAGGCCACUUCACUUCUAAUUAGAACUGGGAGGCUGUUGUAGUGCCAGUUGCUGUGCAUGGCAUUGUGUUUGCUGAAAGUGCUGUAACAAUGUUGAGUGGAACUACAGUAAAUGUAAAAACCAUCCAGAGUGACAGGUCCAGCCUCUUCACAAUGUGCUUCAAUCAGAUCAAUAAAAGAGCCUGUUUUUAAAAGCCCAAGUCGAUGCAUUCAACCACAGCUGCAUUGGGUGCAGAAUGGAAUUAACCGUGUGGUCUUGUGUGUGCUCCUGUGCUUGCAAUUCAAUUUCCUUAUAGGACUGCUAGUUGAGGUUUUCAAAUCCAUUUUCCUUGUGGGUAAUGCAGCUAUUUUCAAGCUGCGUUCUACAAAUGAGAAGUGGCUUUCUGGUGCCUAACUCCCACGUAGGUACAGUACCUUGUAUUUGUGUCGUCUGAAUUAACGUAAAAAACUAAUGAAAAAACAAAGUUGUCUAUUGUAGUCCCAUUGUUAACAGCCUUCCUCCUUGGUUUUGUGUUCCACAUUUAUAAUGUUCUGCUGUCUACACUGAUUGCUGCCCUCCCCUGGCACCUCAACACUUCACAUGCUGAACUGAUAAUUGGGAAUCCUCAACUAACCAGUUGUUUCUGGUUCAGCAAACGAUUGGCAAUGACCAGAACCCAUUCUUUCUUUCUAAUGUCAUUUUGAAUUCCAUGCUGGGAUUUUAAAAUGCCUGUUUGUUUUUCUUUCAGCUUUUACACAAGGCAGAAAGGCAUUCCUGUUAUGAUUUUGAUAAAAUAAAGGUAAAAGGUAAAGCGUAAACCACAAAGCAGAAGGUGAUUUCAAAUUGUUUUGUUUUCUUACAGUAGACGCCUAUUGUGCUGUAGAUACACUGAGGAAAGAAUGCAUGUUUUAGAAAAGGUUGCUAGUUGUUGCAGAAAAUAGGUUGUCAACCUCGGUAGAGAGAUUUACUAUAACCUUGCAUGUUGCUGAGAUACAUUUAAGAGAAUACAGGAUGUACCUGACUAGCAUAAAGUAAAAUAAAUGUAGCAUUCUAGCUCCUGUUUCACCCUGGUGUAUUGUAGGUUUAUGACUCUCCAGUCUAGUGUAUAAGCAUGGCAUCACUCUUGUAUGUAAGUGUCUUUUUAACCAACGCAGAACUUGUGCAUUGAACAACCCCAAGCAAGGAUAUGCAAGUCAUUUGAUUUCUCUUGUAAUGUAGUAUUACACCCUUGUCCUUUUUUGUAGCUAUACUGUACAAUGUUGAGUUUGAAUGAUGUAUUUAUUACAAGAUGCAUCUUGAUGUCAUGUGAUUGCAUUAGUUUUCUUCUUUGUGGUAAAGUGGAAGCUCUUGUGUACUUUACUGUACAUCUGCGAACAUUUUAAACCCCUUUAUGUGAAUGCUUGUUACAGUACAAAUGGUAAUGACUAGUUAUUUCGCUUAUUUAUGUACUCCAGUCAAUGUUGUAUGAAGGGACAAGCAGUUCUUAGUUUUAUACCUUUUGUACAUUUUAAUGGUUCCUACUAAAUUGUGAGAACUAAAAUGAAAUAAAGCACAAAUAGAG